UAAAGUUAACUUUUUUUAUAUUAAUAAUUAUAUUUAAAAAAAAUAAAAAUAAUAAAUCGUCAAUAUACGGUUUACAGUAAACAAUAUACAUACGGAUACAGUAUACAGUUUAAAUAUGAUUAAUGAUAAUUUAUUAUAAUUAAUAAAAUAAUAGUAUAUUUAUUUGUUUAUUUUCCAUUCACUAACUCCUUUUUUUUUAGGCCACAUUAAGCUACAUUAGAUCCAAACACAUAUAUUUCAAAAUUACACUUCACAUACAAAAAAGAUCUUUUUUACGAAUUUUUCUCGUUCCGUUACGACAUCUAAUUUAAUUUCUAUUGGUCUAUAGAGUGCAUAUUGUGUAACUACCGUCAAUGAAAUGAAACGUAAACACAUGGAUUAACCGUUGCCAAUAGUUAUGGCAUUGCUAUGGAAUAUACAUAUCGAUCGAAACACAUCAUCUGUACGACAUCGUAUGUAUACUUCAGUCGUUUCUCCGAUUUCAGUGAGGAAACACGAUGACGGACGACAUUUCCGCGAUUCAAAAGAAGUUUGGUAGUCUGAAUGAAUACAGCAUACAAUUAAACAAAUGGUUCUCGAAAACAAUAGGCGUAUGGCCACUUCCAUCAUCCACUUCGAAAUUCGAAAAGAUAAUGACAAAGAUUCUAAUUUUUUUCUGUUGGAUUAUCGCGCUAUUUGACACCAUAUCAGGCUUAUUACAUUUCGUCUUCGUGAAAGAAGAUAUCAUCACAAAAUUAAAAACUCUGGCUCCUAUAAGCUAUAUUUUAGGCGGAGGGCUUAAUUAUGCAGUGUUGUUGCUUCGUAAAGACGAUAUACGCUAUUGUAUAGAUCAUAUAGAAAGCGAUUGGAAAGCUAUCACAAGGACAGACAAUCGGCAAGUAAUGUUUAAAAACGCAAAAAUUGGACGUAUAAUUUCCGGUUGUGUCGCGGGCUUCCUACAAUUUAGUACUAUUUGUUUCUGCACCGUAUUGGGAGUUUUCAAACGAACAAUCAAAAUUGGCAACGAAAGUAUAGAAAUAUACGUUUUGCCCUCUCCAACCUAUAAAAUUCCGGUUGAUACUAAUCCAGGACAUGAUAUCGUACUUGGUUUUCAAUUUCUGGCUGCAUACAUUACGAGCGCUACCGUUGUUAGCGCUUUCAGCUUUGCUACAAUAUUUGCAUGCCACGCUUCUGGUCAGUUAACUAUAAUGAUUACAUGGAUCAAAGAAUUUAUAAAUCGGUCACAGAAAGAAAAUAAGAAUCGCAUUGAUGAAAUAAGUGUGAUCAUCGAACAUCAUAUAAGAAUUCUAAGUUUCCUAGAACGUGCUGAACACCUAUUGUGCCCAAUAUACUUCAUGGAAAUGUUCAAGAAUAUAUUGACUAUAUGCUUGUUUAGUUAUUGCAUUCUUGCGGAAUGGUCUGAACAUAAUAUUAGGAUCCUCAGUACAUAUAUUUUUUCUAUAAUAAAUAUAACUUUAAACAUAUUUUUAAUAUGUUACAUCGGUGAAAUAUUAACUGAAAGAUGUAAGGAAAUUGGUAACAUGGUUUAUAUGACAAACUGGUAUCGAUUACCUAAGAAAGAUAUUCUCAAUUUGAUAAUGAUUAUUAUACGAUCUAACGUGGAAUACAAAAUGACUGCCGGAAAGAUAUUUGAUAUGUCGGUGAUUACGUUUGGUAAUAUAAUAAAAACAGUUUUUGGAUAUUUAAAUAUAUUACGUCAAGUAACGAUGUUAUAAAUUGCACAUGUAUUAAAUACAUAAAAAAAUAUGUAUCUAAUAUAUAUUCAAAAUAAAUAUUGCAUAUUAUAUUAUUAUAGUCAAGUAAAUUUGAAAGUAUAAACAUUAUUUUUUUUUUAUUUAAAAUGAUAAGAUUAAUUUAAUUUCAUUGUAUACACAUCUGUCCCAUUCAUUAUCAAAUAUUCAUUCAUUAACAAUUUGAAUACUUAUAUAAGUCUAAAUUUAUAUCAACUAUGCCGAUCUCAGACAUUUCUUUUCUAUUAUAAAGUUUUUCGAUUGACGUACCAUUCUAUCUU